AGAAUGGCUGCGUGAAAAACUCGCCUCGCUCGUUCAGCACUAUCGCGGGUUGAUGGAAGCGGGCGCGGCAGCCGACAGGAUGAGCGAGCUUACCGCCUCCGAGAGACGCGGCGGACGGGAUGCGGGUCUCAGCGCGGCUGGGUCCGGCGCCUCCAACUCCUUCCUUGAGUAUCAAUUACAGCAUCAAGCGUACAAACUUCCGCAGCUGCUGCAGACGCAGGAGGCUCACCUUCGCCAGUGGUUGCACACACUGACGGAACUGGUGCGUUCCCUGUUGCGCUUGGAGGCGUGCCUGACCCUGGUUGCUGGCCAGAGCCGUGAGGUUCUCAGCCGCCUUAUCAAGUGCAUUUAUGCGCAGUACGAGAAAUCUAUAGAGGAGCUCAUGCAGGUACACAUCCAGGGCCGGAAAGCUAUGCUGCGGGUGCUUCCAGCCACGCUCGCUCAGGAAUUUUUCAUCAUCCUGAAUUAUCCAGCACCGCCCGAGGCGCGGCAUAUGUCCGCCCGACAUCUUGAAGAGAAACGCCGAAUUGUCCUGCGCCUUCAUGAGCUGGUGGCGCAGUAUCUAUUGCCGCAAUCCACGGACGAGUCUCCGCUUGCUGCUGGCCAAGGGCUGGCAAAUUAUGAUGGCCGGCGGACUCGAGCUCUCCUGGAGCGCUACAUGCACCUGGGGCACGACCCGAUGGGUUUCUUCAAAGGUGACUUUUGGGAUAUAGUCGAGAAGAAAGAGGAAAAAUGCUAUAAUUUGCGUGUGAGUUUGCUGGCUGGCACACAGCCUAAGUCCCAUCGCACAGAAAUUUUGCAGGAGGCUCAAGAGCAUGAGACCGCUCUCCGAGCCACGGUCACGGAAUGGGAAGGGAAGCUUCAGGAUCUUUUCGAAGCUACUUCCGCUGCUUUUGAAAAAGAGCUGGCGGUAAGCUGCUUUCCGCAGUCCCUUGAAAUGGCUGAAGCACUUCGUGGGCGCCAAAGGGCCUUCAUUGCGGAGUGGGAGGCCCAUCGUGAGGGGUACAAGUUCCAAGUCACUCUCAGCCAAGAGCGCCUUCAGGAGGUGUAUGCCGCCAAUCACGAAGAGAAACUCCGCCUCCGCCAGCGCAAUGAGGCCGCGUUGGUAGCGGAACACGAGAAUAGCACGGAUGCACGCAAGCAUCUUCCUGCCAAGGAUACCGCCAAAGAUACUAGGAGCGGUACGGACAAUCCCCUACCGAACGGGGGCAAAGAGGGGCCUAACGAUGGUGGAAAGGGCGGCAAACCGGGCAUAGAGGCUGUCACAGCUAUGAACAUGAACUCUCUAUUACAACAAGCACAGUUGCAGCAACUUGAGCAGUGUCUGGCAUUCCGCGUGGUCGCAGUCAGGCACAUGACACAGCGCCUGCGCCUGGUCCGCGGCCAUCAAGCCUUCUUAAAGACAAACUUGUCUCGGCGGGCUAUUGUGACCCGCGCGCUUUGCGGCCAAUCGUCUGAUGCUGCUACCAAAAUGCGACUUCUUCUAGCGCGGCUUCUCGUACAAAAGCUCGGCAGCGCGUAUGGUGAUUGGCAGGCGACGUUGAUGGAGCAAGAGCUCUCAGCUCAGGAAGAGAGAGAUAAACAGCAGCAGCUCUUAAAGAAAGGCGGUGGUGCUCACAGCAUGACUAUGGGGAAAAAAAAGGGCUCUACGAGGGUAGGAACUCUCACCGGGAAGGCGGCUUUGGCAGUAAAUGGUAGAGCGAGCUCCCUCAUGGGCAAGGAGGGACUAGCAGCGAGCUCUUCGUCCGCAGGACCUGUGUUUACAGGCACGGAACCGACCGCGGAGAGCUUUUGUUGCCUCGAUCGCGGUGAUUCCACCCAAGCUGGCCCCGACAGGAUGGAGGGUGCGGCUUCCUGCGUUUUCCUGUCCAGCAAGGAGGUAACAAAGCCCAAAGGGAAGGGGGGUGCGGAGGGAGAGAUGGGAAAUGCAGCGCAAGCGUCUUUCUUGUCGUCAGGCCGAUCAAGCUUGAAGGAGUCGAGGCCCCUGCAGUCUCCGUCAUGGAUUGACUCGCAAGGAAAUUUCUUAACGUCGGCGCGCUCACUUGCUCACCACCAGAGCGAGGCCGCUGCCUCUGGCGAGUGCGAUGGCCUUGAGCUUGGGUGGAUAAGGGUCUCCAGCAGGGAGGGGAGGCACCGCGCUCUCACGAGGAAGGAAGAAAAGCGACACGAGCAACUACAGGAAGAUGCAACACUUGCUGCAGAAGAGGAGCAUAAAGUACCCAAGUUAAGGCCCCGAGAUCAGAGAGAGGAAGAGCAGAGAAAAGAAUCAGCCCAAGAGCGAGUAAAAGGGCAGCACGGUGUGGAAGCUGGUCGUUUGAGUCUGCGAAUUUAUCGCGGCGAGGGCAAUGGCGCGCAGUCACAGUCAGCAUCAUCACCUUGGACAGCACAUUCUGACACGAAUGCAGAGGUGGCACGCAUAAUCCCGUCGUCCUCGGCGCCACCGUCCCCGCCGUCAACGAAUGAGGAGCGACCUCAUGAGACGCGGGAGGACCCACUAUCUUCCUCCAAGUUGGCCGCCACUUCUACGCACGCUACAAAUCUGGAAUCUGUGGACAAUUUCUCAAAAACCGCUUUUAAAGUCGAUGUGCGCGGCGGGAGUGGAGGAAACGGGAAGGCUCUGAAGGAGGAUGAUGUGGUUUGCAAGGACGGAAAUAGUUUGGGUGGAAGGGACCUGCAAAGAGCCACGGGAUCUGAUGCCUUUGACCCAGGUAAAGCGGUGGAAGGGAACGAUGAGGAAGAUGAGGAUAUAGGGGACGUGGAGAUAUUGUUUGGCGCUUUUGGAGGGGUCCAAGAGACUCGGGGCGGGGAAUGUGAGUCGUAUAGUGAGGGAUGCGAAGACUUUCAAAUAAGAUCCGGGGGCCCUGAAGAGCAGCACAUGUCCCCUAUCGACGUCGAGACCCCUGUGAGGAUGUCACACUCGCGGGGAAACACCCAGCCACCGAUGGACGACUUCUCGACCCAGCCCUCGCAACCACUGCUCCAGCUGCCGGUCGCCGAACGGUCGCAGCAUCACCUCAUAGCACAACGUGGUCGGGACGUUGAGAUGGACGUGGCGCAAGACCAAAGCCAUCGACGUCACCAGGACGACGUGUCUUCAUCGCCACAUUUGGUAGCCUGUCCUCCGUCGCACCCGCAGACUCACGUUGGUGCUCAAUGGCCCGCGGUACCCUCCUUUCAUCAACCUCUACCGGAUGUGAAUGGGAGCAUCACAGCUCCUCUCGCGCGGCCAGAACUAGCGCAUUCUGGUAUUUAUCCGACGCAAUAUUCGCACGCGAUGGGGAAGGUGCACCCACAUAUGGUAGAGGGGGGGGGGCUGCCGCCCAAUCAUCCGCCCUAUCAAGGCUACUUUCCGUCCGCGCCCUCCCCUUACUUCGUCGAUGUUCCGCCUCCCAAUACUCCUAUUUUUGCAGUCUAUUCCCAUGACCUGGGCCCACCUCUUGUGUACCAAGAGCUGCAGAGCGGGCAGCGACGGGAAUAUCCAGGGUCUGGGACCGGCAUGGGGGACAACCAUUUGACGUCGACGCAAGAGCAGUACGGCCCACCGCACCAAGGGCGACAGCACCAUUAUAGUCGGUACGCUGAGCAAGGAUGCUCGCUGUACCGCCAAGGCUUCUUUGAUGGGUCCUCUCCACACCCCAGCCGCCUCCGUCAUUAUCAGGGCGGCGGGCCUCCCUCUGCCGUCCACCCGGCCUAUUCGCUGCCCGUGCACCACGCGAUCGACGUACAGCAGCGACCACUUCCCUUUGCGUUUCCACGAGUCGUUCGUAAUUCUCCUUGUCGGGGCAAUCCCGUUUUCACAGCCGCACCGCCUUAUUCGGCAAUUUCAUGUGAGGAAGGUCGGCUGCCAGGAGGGCCCCGCGCGCUCCUCCGCGGGGCAACGGAGGCGGGGUGGAGAAGAGGGAGAGUGUCCAGAGGAAGAGGAGACGAGGAAGGAGGCCGGGGACAUGCACGGGGCCGCGCCACUUACUCGACUGCCGGUCGCAAUGCCCGAUGUCAGGGUUUGCCACCUUCCGGUGAGGGAGAAACGAGUUCGAGCAACAAGCAAGACGGGUGCCAACAUAGUUAUCCCGUGCCCAUUAGUGGUGUGGGAGCACAGGCUGAAGAAGACACCGAAAUAGCGCGCCAGUUGGUCGUAGAAAGAGUGGAGGGGUCACAUGAAGCUGGCAUAGCCACGGGCGCCCAUCUAUCCCACCCUCCGAAGCAGGAGUCUCGAGUCAAGCUUCCAUCGGACCGCAUAAAAUCGCCCUCCAACCGAUCGCAGGCGGGCAGCAGGGUGUUGGUUGGCGGAGGGCUCGCAAAUAGGAUGGGUCAGAACCACUGCUACCUAAAUGUGGUCGUUCAAAGCCUCUGGAGCAUUCGCGCAUUCAGGAACCGCGUUUGUCGCGACACAGACACCUCGAUGCUGGUCAAAUCGAAUGAAACUGCACACAUGUGCAAAUUGCAUGAAGCCUUACGAGCAGUUAUGGAGGGGCUCUCCGACCAAGAAGCUAAUAUAGCAAGCCAUGAAAGGGGAGAAGAUACCACAAUACCCCCCCCGGUGGUAUCCGUUGAUAAAUUGCGACAAGUCCUGAGCGAGAUGGUAAGGCAGAAAUCAAAUCCAACUCCUGCCUGUGGAAGUGAGAUAUACGUUCACGACGGAAAAUUUCGCGCUGGGCAUAUGGACGACGCAGUGGAAGCCUUUGAGGAAAUACUGCGCCUGCUGGGUACAGGAGGCGAGGAAGGCCGUCUCGUGGUGCGGGAUUCCUUUUGUCUUCAUUUGCGGGAACUCAUGUUUUGUCCCACCUGUGGUAGCUCUUCUCCAAGCCCCGCUCGGGAUUAUGACACCAACGUCUUUUACGUCCCUGUGCGGUCUUUGAUCGAAGAAGCCGCUCGACGGGCAUCAAGCAAAUCAAAUUCAAUUUCGAUCUCAGAAUCUGUCGGCCUAGAUUUUGGUUCAUUGCUGCAGGACGCUGGGUCCGGGGACUUGUACCGAUGCAGGAACACCGAAGCGUGCCCUAUUGCGCGGCGAGGAGAGAAGCGCGCCGGUCAUCGAUAUUUGGUGCGAGGGCCCCCUUCAGUGUUUUCGCUGGGGCUCGUGUGGGACAGCUUGAAGGCAGAUCCAAGGGACACUCAGGCGCUCAUCGAUUUAUUAUCCUCAACAAUAUGCCUCAAACAUUUCAAGUUGCCCGUAGAACAUCAAGGGGACGACGACGUUGAGCAGCAGGGGGAAAUGAUAGGCGUUCUCCGCGGCUUUUUCGCGUUCCAUCCUCAAAAGCAUCAUUACGUAUCCUUUCUUCUCUAUGACGGGACGGGCUGGGUCUGCGUAGACGACGGAAGGGCAUAUGCCCUGGGACCUCACUUAAGUGAUGCCUUAAAGGAGUGCACAGAGCAGCAGUACCAACCAAGUCUACUUUUUUACGAAGCAAAUUAGGGAAAGAUAAGGUUGCCGUGCGCUUCGACUUUUUCAUCAUUAAGGGAGGCCUUACAAGAAGAUGAAGCUUCGAAAAAGAGUGUAUCUGAAUAGGUAGAAUGAAUCAAUCGGUAGAUACACUUAAGUAGAAAACAACUUGGAAAACUCACUUGACAGCUCGUGAGGAAAAUGUUAGAUUUCAGAGCUAUGUAUGUCUAAAAAAAUGGGUCAUGGUUGGUAAGAAACAGAUAGAAGCCUUCAAAGCUUCAGAACUCGGCCGUCAAUA